GUUUGUUCGGGAUUAAGGUUGUAGGAGUUUUUCCUUGUACACAAUCAAGGUGUGACCAUUUUUCAGCCACUUGUUGUCGUGGGCUAGGCUGCGAGUCCCACACACUUUGUGAAUGUUGGUGGAGUAACACAUAGCUGUGGUUUGUGUUUCUGUGUUUCUCUCUGUUAGUGUGGUUGGUGCCCAGUGAAUCAGUGAUUGCUGCUCCAGUUAGAACAGGAGAGAACCCUGCUGACAUAGGGCUUGGAGUUUUGUGAGAGUUUUGAAGUGAACUGACAUCUUUGUGGAUUAAUUGUUGUUUUAUUUUAUUGUGUAUUGAUACUUGCUCGAAAGGAUCUUAGAUUGAAGUGUUUCGGAUAAUUGGAAUUUUUUUUCCUCAGCAUUCAGAUAUAAAGAUGAAGACAUACAAUGUGCGUGUCACGACUAUGGAUGCGGAGCUGGAGUUUGCCAUCCAGACCAGCACCACAGGCAAACAGCUCUUUGACCAGGUCGUGAAGACUAUUGGUUUGCGUGAGAUCUGGUUCUUUGGUCUACAGUAUGUUGACAGCAAAGGUUACUCAACAUGGCUCAAGUUGAACAAAAAGGUCCUCAGCCAAGAUGUCAAAAAGGAAACCCCUCUACAAUUCAAAUUCCGUGCCAAAUUCUUCCCAGAGGAUGUCUCAGAAGAGCUUAUACAGGAAAUCACACAGAGAAUGUUCUUCCUACAAGUGAAAGAAGGCAUCCUGAAUGAUGAAAUCUACUGUCCCCCAGAAACCUCGGUGUUGUUGGCCUCUUAUGCCUGUCAGGCCAAAUACGGAGACCAUGACCCUGAGAAACACAAGCCCGGCUUCCUCUCCAAUGACAGACUCCUACCCCAGAGGGUGUAUGAACAGCACAAAUUAUCUAAAGAACAGUGGGAGGAAAGGAUACAGAACUGGUUCAGUGAACACAGAGGCAUGUUAAGGGAAGAUGCUAUGAUGGAGUACUUAAAAAUCGCACAAGAUUUGGAGAUGUAUGGUGUUAAUUAUUUUGAAAUCAAAAACAAGAAAGGCACAGAACUUUUACUAGGAGUUGAUGCACUGGGUCUGAAUGUGUACGACAAAGAGGACAAAUUAACACCUAAAAUAGGCUUCCCAUGGAGUGAAAUUAGGAACAUUUCAUUUAAUGAUAAGAAAUUUGUCAUUAAACCCAUUGAUAAGAAAGCACCUGACUUUGUAUUCUAUGCACCUCGUCUGAGGAUAAACAAGCGAAUUCUUGCUCUGUGCAUGGGCAACCACGAACUGUACAUGAGGAGAAGAAAGCCAGACACAAUUGAAGUUCAGCAGAUGAAGGCUCAGGCUCGUGAGGACAAGAUGGCUAAACAGAUGGAGCGACAGAGGCUCGAGCAGGAACGACACGCUCGCGAGUCUGCUGAGAAACGGCAACAGGAGCUGCUAGAGAAAUUACAGCUGUACGAAGAGGAAAAUGCAAGGAGAGCCAAAGAGCUGGAAGACCAACAGGGCAAGAUCCGCGAGCUGAACGAGGAGAUGGAGGCAUACAAAGCUCAGCAGGAGGAGCUCGACGAGCAGAGAAGGCGAGCUGAUGAGCUCCAGAGGCAGUUCGAGGAGACAAAACAUGCCUCAGAGGAGGAGAAGGCACAGAUGCAAAACCGAUACACAGAAAAAAGACAACUGGCUGCAAGGUUAGCCGCUGCCCAGGAGGAGAUUGAGAAGAGUAUGUCCACUCUGAACGAAAAAGAGAAUGAGAUGGGCCGCCUACAGACUGACCUGGAGUCCGCUCAGAGAGAGAGGGAGGAGAAAGAGCGGGCCCUGAUGGAAGCCAUGGCCAACAUCCACGUCAAGGAGCACGAGUCAGAGGAAAACGAUAUCGGUGAAAACGGAAUGUCAUACGAUGCUGAGUUGACCCAGUAUGAAAAUGCUGAAGACAUGGCCCGACCGGAAGAGGAGAGAAUCACUGAAGCCGAGAAGAACAUCACUCUGCAGAAACAGUUAGAGGCAUUACAGCGAGAACUUGAAGAAUCCAAAGAUGCCCAGAAAGCCACCCUGAACGACGUCUUGCAUGAACAAAAUGUGAAGCAGGGGCGUGACAAGUAUAAGACUCUGAAACAGAUCCGCAGUGGCAACACCAAGCACCGAGUGGAUCAGUUUGAAGCCUUGUAGAGGAAGCCUGCAUACAUAGGAACAAAUUUAUAUAUUUUACUGACCAUAUCAUCUGUCUGUAAUCCGAGUUUUUACCAGGGCUGGGACAUGUGUACAGUAAUACUAUGGUCUCUUCCACAAAGUGUUAAGGGGUGUGUGAAAAAGACGCAUCAAAGAUGGACUGAAAACAAAAUUACUUCAUUUUUGAUUUUGAAAGUUAAUUUUACUAUAGUACCUGAAACUAGAAAAGACAUGCUUAUAACCAGAUUGUUAUAUCAUCAACAGAAUGAUGGGUUGUCAAAUAGUUAUUCAUUCAUUUGAUUACUUUGCACAUGGUGGCGACAUGCAAAGAUACAGAUUUCAUAACAUUGCAUCACAGAUUCAAAGCUUUAUGUUUAAAGGAAAAAAACUUUUUUUGGUUUAUUUUUGUAUAGGUUUAUUCAGUUGUAGUACUGACUUUUGGGAGGGUGGGCAUCAAGAUAGAUUUAUUUUUGUAACUUUGAAAUGAUGUAAUCGGAAAGUUUACCUUUGUACAUUGUAAAGCUGGCAUAUAUUAUUUGAUGUUUGUUAGUGACAUAAAUUUAUUUUUCACUAAGUAUAUUUAUUCUUUUCUUUUUUUGCUAGAUUUCAAGUUUAUAAUGUAUGCAGAGAUUUUUAUAUAUUGUUUAAUAGACCAUCUAAUUUUUCGUGGCUGCAUUUUGAUUCAGUGUACCUGUUAGAUCCUUAUAUGACUGAAUAUAUGUAUAUGAAAAUCUAAUGACGUGUUCAAAUCUGGGAUUCCAAAGAGUCAAUUAGAUCUUUGUAGCUUUGUUAAUUUCCCCUGUAAGAUAUUGUAGACUUGUGAUAUUAUUUUGACAAACAACGUAUUCUCGAUUAAUUGUGUUAGUUACAAUUACAUCGAGGAGGUUGUGUCACUAUGUUGUUGUAAAACUUCAAAAAGAAAAGACUUGCCAGCUGGUUAUGCAUGCCUAAAUUUUGAGUUAACUUGGGGCUUACAUCAUUCCUAUUUAUAUACUGCCAUUAUGUUCUGUACAAGCUUCGUUUAUUGUUUAUUGCAUUAGUUAACAUGAGUUUCAUAGCAUAGCUAUUCAUUUCAGUUUUUAAAUUAAUGCAAGUUGGAAAAAAUUAUCUUUGGAUUCCUAAGGAAAAUGAUAUGUUAGAAAUGAACCAUUUGAUUGGUGUCUAUACAACGGUGAUUAUUAGCCAAUCGUCAUUCAGCAUUCCAGUUGGUCACUUCAUCUGUCUUCUUAUUGGUCAAGUGCUGUAGUGGUCUCUGGUGUAUACACUUGCUGAAGAUGCGAAUAUUUAUAUUUUUUUACUUAGGGAGCACCUUGUUAUGGUAAAUUUUGUGAUACUUUCUUGCCUAAAUACGGGAAACCUCUGUUACCUUUACUUUUAAAAAAAUUAAAAAUCACAAAUGUUUAAAAAUUGAUUAUUAUAUCAAAAUUAUUGUUUAGAAUAGUUAAUGUUAAUUGAUUUCCAUUUUGAUGAAGAAGCAGCCUGAACAAGAGUCCUAGAAGUGAAACAGUUUUCUUGUGAUAGCACUUGAUUGGAAAUUUGUCUCAUUCUGUCAUAUGUCAUGAUUGAAUUGAUAUAUAAUCCAUAUAUAUACUGAAUAAAGUCAUUGGACAAUGCAGAAA